AUAACGCUUAAAGUCCCCUGUCGAGUAUUGUCUUUCCUUUCGUAUGCAAAUACAUUGAGUAAUGUUUUCUCGCUUUGUGACGUCGUUUGUAAUCUUCUUUUUAACUAUAAAGAGCUGUACGGAAAUCAGUUUUUUUUAUCAAACAUGCAUUUCACCGCGAACGCAAACUGAUAUCACGCGCGAAAAAGAAAUUGACGUUAAAAAAUGUGACGACAAGUUUCUUGAUAACAUAUACACUAUAAACAGUAUAAUUUUGAAGAUAAACCACAACAGAGCAACAAGUCAUCCUGACUGAGAGAACUACAGUCCAGUUUGUUUCAAUAUCUUUUGCAGUUGUACACGACAAGCUGAUCCCAUAAUAAAGCAUAUAAAAUGCUUCGUUUAGUGACUAAUAAGUUAUCUAAAUGGGGUUUUAAAAAUACCCGAGCGUUCACUACGUACAAUGGGAAGAAUGAGACAAAGAACAUUGAAAUACCUAAUAAUGCAGAUGUUGUAAUAAUAGGUGGUGGUAGUGCCGGCUGCAAUGCGCUUUAUCAGUUAGGAAAACGUGGUGUCAAUGCUGUACUCUUGGAUAAAUCUAAGCUUAUAUCUGGCACAACAUGGCACACAGCAGGUCUUGUAUGGUGUUUACGCGGCGUAAACGACAUGGAAAUGGAGCUGUUGAAAACUUCGAGAUUGCUUUACGCAUCUUUGCAAGAAGAGACAGAUGUAAAUCCAGGAUGGAUAAAUAAUGGUGGACUUCUUAUCGCUAACACUUCUGAGCGAGUGGCCGAGUACGAGAGAUUAAUUACUGGCUGUAAGAAUUUCGAUAUCGAUGCAUAUCUGAUUGAUCCGGCCGAAACGAAGAAAAUAUUUCCUUUGAUAAAUGAGAAGGCACUUCUGGCUGCGAUACAUUCUCCAGCAGAUGGUACUAUAGAUCCUGCUAUGUUAAUAAAUGCAUUAACAAAGUCAGCAAAGGCAAACGGUUGCAAGAUUAUCGAGGAUUGUCCAGUGACUAAAAUUCUCACAGAGAAUAAUGAUGGUCAUAAGAUCGUUCGUGGAGUAGAAACACCUUACGGUAUUAUAAAAACUAACGUCGUAUUAAACGCUGCUGGAGCAUGGUCCGGGAAGAUAGCGCAAAUGGUAGGACUGGAUAUUCCGUUGAUACCGAUGAAACAUGCAUACAUCGUCACUGAGUCAAUGGAUGUACAAGGAUUGCCAAACAUCCGAGAUAACGAUCGUGAUACCUAUUUUCGGGUACAGGGUGGAAAUUUAAGCUGCGGUGGUUAUGAAUCAAACCCUAUUAUGUUGAAAUGUGCACCAGAAGACUUCUCCUUUAGUUUGUACGAGCUGAAUUGGGAUGUAUUCAACGCACAUGUAGAAGCGAUGAACGAAUUAAUACCUGCUCUGGCAACCACUGGAGUAAAAACAACAGUGUGCGGUCCAGAAAGUUUCACUCCUGACCAUAGACCUAUAAUGGGUGAAGACCCACGCUGCACAGGUUUUUAUUACUCCUGUGGAUAUAACAGCGCUGGGAUGAUGUAUGGAGGUGGUUGCGGAGAACAAAUAGCAUUAUGGAUAGUUAAUGGACGACCAGACAAAUACAUGUUUGAGCGCGAUAUUAGACGAUUUAUACCAGAACAAAGGAAAAACUUAAAUUGGAUAAACGAUCGAAGUCAUGAAGCUUAUGCAAGAAAUUCUGAGAUUUUUUUCACACAUGAUGAAUAUUUAGCUGGCAGAAAUUUAAAGACAGAUCCUUUCCAUAAUUUACUCAUUAAUGAAGGUGCCGUCAUGGAAGAACGGCAAGGAUGGGAACGCCCAGGAUGGUUCUUGCUAAAUAAUAAAACAGCUGCAACUUUGCCUUACGAUUAUGGUGGUUAUUAUGAUAAACCAAAAAAUACGAAUGAUAUAUACGCCGAUAUAAUAAAAACGGAACGUACAUUUGACUCUCCACCACAUGACGAUAUUAUACGGGAAGAAGCGCUUUCAUGCAGAAAUAAUGUUGCGUUAUUUAACAUGUCGAGUUUCGGGAAAUUUUACAUAUGCGGUCCAGACUCGAAAAAGGCGGUGGAUUAUAUAUUUACAUCUCAAGUAGAUCGAGAGAUCAACAAGACUGUUUAUACUUGUAUGCUAAAUAAAAACGGAGGUGUAGAAGGCGAUUGCAUGAUUACUGGUCUAGAAUCCGGCUUGGGUGGUGUAGUUGAUCCCAUAUUUAAAGGAAAAGCAUUUUAUCUCGUUACUGGAGGCACGUCAUCAUAUCAUAUUUGGGCACAUAUUAGCAAAAUAGUAAGAGAAAAAGAGUUCAGUGUAUCUGUACAUAAUGUCACAGAACAGAUAGGAAUUUUAUCAGUUCAAGGUCCUAAUAGUCGUCAAGUUCUUGAAAUGUUAGUCGAAGAAGAUUUCUCAAACAAAUCAUUUCCAUAUUGCACUUCAAAACUGGUACGAAUAAAUGGUGAACUGGUGCAUAUGUUUAGACUUAGUUUUGUGGGUGAACUUGGCUAUGAAUUACAUAUUCCAAGAAGUUCGUGUGAAAAAGUAUACAAAGCUUUAAUUAAAUGUGGUAAAGAAUAUGAUAUGAAAUUAGCUGGUUACAGAGCACUCCACAGUUUAAGUUGUGAAAAAGGAACUCGUCUUUGGGGAACAGACUUAAGAUCAGAUGACAAUCCAAUAGAAGCAGGUUUAGAAACUCUCUGCCGCAGUAAUGGCAAAUACUUAGGUAAAACAGCUAUUGAACGAUAUCGUAAAAAUGGAAUAAAAAAAAGACUAGUGCAUUUACACAUAAAUGAUGAUGUACCAUUAUGGGGUCUGGAAACUGUUUAUAGAAAUGAUCAAUUAGUUGGUUAUCUAAGAAGAGCUGAAUGUGGAUAUACUUUUAAAAGCAGUAUUGGACAGGCAUACAUCACACCACCAAAUGGACAAAAUAUUACAAAAGAAUUUUUAGAAACAGGUACUUACCAGAUUGAAGAGGAAAAAAGAUAUCCUGCAAGAAUGUAUCUUCAAAGUCCAUUUGAUCCACGUAACAAGAGAAUAUUAGGUGUAUAUACAAUGUAAAAAUACUUGGUAUUAUUUUUAUAAGCUUAAAUCUGUAAAAAGGAUAUAUAUUUUUUCA